UCGAUGGCUUUAGUUUUGAAUUUCAAAAAGUUGGAAAAUUUGUUGAGUUGUUAAACUAGUAAUUUACAGAUAUCGACUAUGAUAUUAAACAGCGAUAAAAAAUAAGCAAAGGAAUAAACGAUCGCUGGUAAAAAGUAGUGGAGGUUCAUCCAGACAAUCGCUUCCUCCUGUAAGUGUUGUAUUGUAUACAGAAGGAAAGAGAGAGCAGCCAUGCCUCAAUCUUAUUCAUUAUCAAGCUUCCCUCCAAGGUAUCAUAAUAUUUCAGGGCGAUAAAAAUUAAGCGAAGGAAUAAACGAUCGCUGGUAACAAGUAGUGAAGGAUCAUCCAGACAAUCGCUUCCUCCUGUAAGUGUUGUAUUGUAUACAGAAGGAAAGAGAGAGCAGCCAUGCCUCAAUCUUAUUCAUUAUCAAGCUUCCCUCCAAGGUAUCAUAAUAUUUCAGGGCGAUAAAAAUUAAGCGAAGGAAUAAACGAUCGCUGGUAACAAGUAGUGAAGGAUCAUCCAGACAAUCGCUUCCUCCUGUAAGUGUUGUAUUGUAUACAGAAGGAAAGAGAGAGCAGCCAUGCCUCAAUCUUAUUCAUUAUCAAGCUUCCCUCCAAGGUAUCAUAAUAUUUCAGGGCGAUAAAAAUUAAGCGAAGGAAUAAACGAUCGCUGGUAACAAGUAGUGAAGGAUCAUCCAGACAAUCGCUUCCUCCUGUAAGUGUUGUAUUGUAUACAGAAGGAAAGAGAGAGCAGCCAUGCCUCAAUCUUAUUCAUUAUCAAGCUUCCCUCCAAGGUAUCAUAAUAUUUCAGGGCGAUAAAAAUUAAGCGAAGGAAUAAACGAUCGCUGGUAACAAGUAGUGAAGGAUCAUCCAGACAAUCGCUUCCUCCUGUAAGUGUUGUAUUGUAUACAGAAGGAAAGAGAGAGCAGCCAUGCCUCAAUCUUAUUCAUUAUCAAGCUUCCCUCCAAGGUAUCAUAAUAUUUCAGGGCAGGCACUUGAAUCGGCAGUGAGACAGGAACGUUGCACUCAGCUGAGCUGUUGGAAGGCGAUCAGAAGUUCAAACACAGCUUCGUUCAUAGAAGCCAGUAAUAUUAAUAGAAACAGAAAGAAAAUAAUAAUAAACAACGUCAAUUUUAAACCACUCAAGAGAUACUUUAUUAAUCGUGUCACGUUACAAGAUGGUUAUGCCUCAAAAUCUGAGGAUGAUGGUGAUAACGCAACCAGCUUUCUGGAGGUUUUUUCCCAGAAACUUAACGCAUUUUAUCGUUUUAGUCGGCCUCAUACCGUUAUUGGCACUAUUAUAGGGAUACUAUCGGUUUCCCUUCUUCCGGUAGUAAAUGUUGCUGAUUUGACUCCCAUAUUUUUCAUGGGAUUAUUGAAGGCUUUGGUGCCAUCAAUAUUGAUGAAUAUUUACAUUGUGGGUUUAAAUCAGUUGUUUGAUGUUGAAAUAGACAAGGUUAAUAAGCCUUAUCUUCCCCUCGCCUCUGGUGAUUUCUCGAUGGGAACAGGAACUGCAAUUGUUUCCGCGGCUUUAUUGAUGAGUCUGGGUAUGGGGAUUAUUUCUAAAUCUCCACCACUGGUUUUUGCUCUCCUCAUAGGCGGUCUGCUUGGAACUGUUUAUUCCGUCGAGCAUCCCUUUCUUAGAUGGAAGAGACACCCAUUUCUGGCUGCAAGUUGCAUCCUGUUUGUGAGGGCACUUGUAAUUCAACUUGCUUUCUUUAUACACACUCAGAAAUAUGUGCUUGGUAGACCUAUAGUAAUCACAAAAUCAUUGUUAUUUGCUACCGCUUUCAUGUGCUUCUUCUCUACUGUUAUAGCACUAUUUAAGGAUAUACCUGAUAUAGAUGGCGACAGAUAUUUUGGCAUCCAAUCCUUUAGUGUCAGCCUAGGUCAAGAAAGAGUAUUUUGGCUCUGUGUUCAAAUGCUGUUGAUGGCUUAUGGAGCUGCUGUAAUGGUGGGAGCUUCUUCAUCUUCCCUACCAAUUAGCAAGCUUGUCACUACACUGGGCCACUGCACACUCGCCUCCUUUCUGUGGCUUCGAACUCGAUCUAUUGAUCUCUCAAGUAAAGCAUCGAUAACUUCUUUUUACAUGUUCAUUUGGAAGUUAUUCUAUGCUGAGUACUUCCUUAUUCCAUUUGUACGCUAAGAAGAAUUGGAUUUUCAAGUGCUUUAAAGCCCCCUUUUCCUUUAUUCCUAUAAGUUGUAAUGUUAUUAUUAUUAUCAUAUUACAUGUGUAAG